AUGGCUCCCACUGUGACAACAGCUGCCGCUGAGUACGAGCAGCUUCAGGACGGCGUGCUGCUUGCAGCAGAGGAGCGAGCACCUGCUCCCGCAGACCCCCGCCACCUCUUCUGCAUGGUCCAUGGCUUGUUUGGGAGCCGGGCAAACUGGAAGGUGAUCGCAGAGGAGCUGCGUGAUGCGAUGCGAGAGGAAGAGGGCAUCCUAUUCUACAUCUCUGAGGUCAAUGAAUUCAAAAAGACCUACGAGGGCAUCGAUGGGUGUGGGGAGCGGCUGGUGGAGGAGAUCCAUGGGCUCAUGGCCCAGUACCCCCUGCUGGAGGAGAUCUCCAUCCUGGGCCACUCCAUGGGCGGCCUGAUCGCGCGCUACGCCAUGGGCCGCCUGUACGACGCCGAGACGGGGCGCAUCGCCGGCAGGCUGCUCCCCGUCCACUUCAUCGGCAUGGCCUGCCCGCACCUGGGCUGCGACACCGCCCCCGGCCCCGCCCAGGUGCCCAUGCUGAAGUGGAUGGAGGCCUGGCCGGUGGUGGGCCCGGCGGUGGCGGGCGCGGUGUCGUCUGUGGCGGCCAGCUUCACGCGCGCCAGCUUCAAGCGAUCCGGCGAGCAGUUCUUCCUGGGGGACCGGGAGGCCGGGGCGCCGCCGCUGAUCUGGCGCCUGGCCCGCGACGAGGGCCCCGGCGCCGCCUUCCUCCCCGCGCUGGCCGCCUUCCAGACGCGCACGGCCUACGCCAACACCGACGGCGACCACCUGGUGGGCUGGGCCAACGCCUCGCUGCGCCGCCUGGAGGAGCUGCCGGAGCUGGAUGGUGUUUCGGGAAAGGAGGAAUACCCAGGCGUGCGGUACCGGUCGGCGGCGCUGGGCAGCGCCUACGACGCCGCGCUGCAUGCCGACCGCACUGAGCUGGUGGAGGACACGCUGCGCGCGCUGCGCACGCUGAGCUGGCGGCGCGUGGACGCGGGGUUUGCGCACAGCGCGCUGCCGCUGCUGGCGCAUCAGCACAUCCAGGUUCAGCGGCUGUGGGUCAACGGCGCAGGCAUCCCCCUUCCCAGCACUUUGUGUACGCUUUUGCCCCGCCCCUCCUCGUGA